GCGGAGAGGGGAGAGCAGGCGUCGCCGCCGCCGCCGAAACUUUCCCUCCCUUCCCGGCCGUCCCUUAGCCUGGCCUAAGAGCCGUCUUUCACUGGGCAGCGAAAAAAGCCGCCACCCGGUCAGCCCUUCCAUCCUGUCACCGAGAUCCUCCGCCAGGAGCGAGUCCCGCGGGGAACUUCCCCACGCCGCCUUUAUUUUCUUUCCGCGCAGGCAGCCACGUGAGUCAGACUCUGCGGUGAUUAACGCGGUUGAUCUUCGGGCUCCUCCCACUUUCACUUAUUUUUCUCUCCCCCCCUUCAUUCGUUGCUCCUUCUAAGAGAGGAGGAAGCGGUCGGAAACAGGGGGAGAAUGAUAAGCGACGCAAUACAAGUUGCAUCCGGGCGUAGCAAGACGAUUUUUUUACUGCAUUAAUCGAAAGCCGAGCGGUUAGGAAGCUGGAGUCACUGGCAGGCUCAACCCGUCCCACGUGUGAUUCGCUGCGGGACGGAACGAGGGAGCGAGCUCACGGGGGUGGAAGCUGUCAGAACUGGGGAAUAGACGACUUUGAAUGAACGUGCAUGGUGUCUCCCCUUUCGGUCUGGUUCUCAUCUGGGGGGGCCCUGGCAGUGCAGCCCCCCCAAACCUCACUUUUUUGAAAAACGGCUUUAGCCAACCUGCUUCGCUGCUUCACUUGUGAUCGCUUAUGUGGGGGCUGCACAGCGCCAGCUCCCCCACCUCGACAAGGCAUCGCUCUCCAGCCUGUCAUGCCCAGCUGUGAGCCAGUGCCACCAGCCGCCUGUCUCCCUACCAAAACAUUCCGCAGUUACCUGCCCCGGUGCCACCGGACUUACAGCUGUGUCCACUGCAGGGCACACUUGGCCAAACAUGAUGAGCUCAUCUCCAAGUCCUUCCAGGGGAGUCAUGGUCGUGCCUAUCUUUUCAAUUCUGUGGUUAAUGUGGGCUGUGGUCCAGCAGAGCAACGUCUUCUGCUCACUGGUCUCCAUUCAGUUGCUGAUAUAUUUUGUGAAAGCUGCAAGACUACACUGGGCUGGAAAUAUGAACAAGCCUUCGAGACCAGCCAGAAGUACAAAGAAGGGAAGUACAUCAUUGAGAUGUCACAUAUGGUGAAGGACAAUGGCUGGGACUGAGAAAGAAGACUGGGUUCAUACCCUCCUGCGUAGCAUGCCAUGCUCUUUCGUAACCCCAUUGCCACAAGUGGCACCCCAGCACAACCAACCCAGCUACCCUUCUAUCAAUCUCCUGCACAGCAUCAUCCAGGGGAAUGGAGCUUCCAGGAUCUUUCUCCCAAAGCCUCUUUCUGAAAUGCUGGACUCACUGUUUGGAGGACCCUACCUGUCCCCUAGAGCAGAAGAGGAAAACACGCAGGUGGUAGAGAGUGGGAGAUUUUGGACUGGUUUCUCCUUGGCCUGUGUAGGUUAUGUUACAUCCCGUUAGCACUUGUCAGCAUAACACUGUGGCAUCCAGAAUGGAGAACCUGGAAUCAGGUUUGAACUACGCAGUCCAUUGUGUAAGAAAAACAAAAUCCUUAAUGCAAUGUGACAGCAAGGGCUCUGACAUAGGGUAUGGUUUGGGGGAGGGUCAACAGAUCAGUUUGACGCUUAAAAGCUGAAGAGAGACCCGUCUCCAGUAUCUCUAGCGUAAAUAAAGAAGGGCUGUGACAGAACUUCAACUAUGGCCCUGAAUAGCUGUGGGCAGAUGUUGACAGCAUUGAGCUGGAUAGAGUAGUGAUUCAAUGCAUUAUUGUUCUCCUUUCUGAGGAGAAAUUAAGAGUUGUACAUCAGCCUGCUGAUAUUGGGCACUGAAGGUUGGAUGGUGUAGAUCACACGGGGAGAUAAAAGAUAUCCUGAAGGUAGGGGACAGAGGAACAGUUUCUCCAAAUGGCAGUUAUCAGUCCCUUUCCCAGACACUGCAAUGGUAUUUCCCCCAGGUUUAUUCUAUGGAGUCCAUUAAUUUAGGUGUGAACCACCGUGUGCUUGUAAUCCCUGAGCACCAUAACCCCUCCCCUCAACUCCCCUACCAUACAUGAAGGUGUGUCUAUGUGGGGGAAACAACACUUCAGCACUGUCACCAGCGCAGGCAUUUUUUUGUAUAAUAAAAUUGUUUUAUAUUUUAAAACAA